UGUAGCAGUAGCAGCAGUAGCAGAAACGCCCUGCAUCCUCUCUCCUCCUCUCCUUUCCUCUCCUCCGACAUCCAUCCACCAUCCGUGUGCCCCGCCUCUCCUCUGCCCCUGUAGCUGCGGAGGGGCUACUUCGAACGGCAAGAAAGACAAACCAAGCCCCUGGAAAGAAAUGGCCUUUUAACAACAGUGCAGAACACGGGAGAAACAUGGCUUUAUCCUUGCACCUUUUCCUCUCCAUUUUUCUCGCUUCUCAGAGUUGCUUCCCUGCUUCUGCUGACAAGAGAUUUGGCUGCCUGUUUGAGAAUCAGCUGUGUUCAUCCUAUGAGAUCUGCAUCAAUGAUGGCAUGUUUGGGAGGUGUCACUCUGUUCCAGUGAAGGAAGUGUACAUCUAUGAUGUUUCUCCGUUUGUGGUGCAGCGCUUCAGGAUAAUGCUGGAGAAGCUAUCCAACAGAGGUUUGACAUGGGAGGAUGAUACCACCCAGCAGGUCCUGUCCAAGGAGUUGUCCAAAUUGAGAAGGAUCCCCUACAAGCCACCACAGAACGGACCCGUGUACAGCACUGACAGCAGACCCGCUGCUGAAGCCAUGGACCCGAUAGACCAGAGAGUGAAGCCAGUAGAGGUUGAGCUCAGCCAAAACCUGCAGACAUACCUCCAACGCCUUGGCUUGAUCCCCAAAAAUACUGCCCGCUCCUCUCAGGGUGAUCAUUUCCAGGCAGGCAGUCCUGCAGACCUGUAUCGCUCCAAGACCCAGACUUUGUCUCAAAAGUCAUCUCCCUCCAGCUUCUCUUCUCUUGAAUCUUUCCCACUGCUACAGAACCAGAGACCGCCUGCCAGCCAGCUCCUCAGCACUCAGGCUGACAGUGACCUUCUCCUGGCUGCCCUCAAGCAUUACCUCUCGAUGCAUCUGUCACUGCCUGGAGGGGGGGUGGAUUCCAAGGAGCAGGAGCCCCCCCCCUCCCGCGUGAGGCCCUUUUACACUAACGGAAUAGAAAACACUGGACUCAAAAAAGAUUCCUUAAACUCCAGACUUGUGAAAAUUGGAAGAACUCAGGGAGCUUCAGCCAAGGACCCACUUACAUCUGUGGAUGAGAGGUUUAUCCAAAAUGUGUUAAAGAACAUUGGCAGGCAGCACGUGGAUGUGGACAAUCUGACGCCACAGGACCUGAACCAGCUAUCCAGCCUUAUAGCAGAUGCUCUGCAAGUGGUUGACCAAGAGGAAGGCCUAACCCGGGUCAGACCUGGACCAAGAGACAUAGGAGAGAUGAAUGACAGAGAGGACAAGGAGGAAGCACUGAGAGAUGAGGAAGAGAAGGUGUUGCAGGAUGCUCCAACAGUUAAGCCACAGGAGGGCUCUGCUGUAGUCUCUGCUGCACCUGAAGCAGACCGCCAAGCAGAAACAGAAGAGCAGAAUCUGAAGGACAAGCCUGAAAGUGGAGGCAUCAUCAAAAAACUUCUUGCUUACCUGGACAAAACAUCCAUGGUGCCUGUUACUGCCUCCACCAGCAAGAACCGAAACAGCAUUGCUACGGAGAUACUCAGGGGCCAACAGGUGGGGAUGGAAAAUGUGCAGAGUCGGACUAGCGAAGUGGAAGUGACGGUGCAGAAAAAGGACACUGCCCAGUCUGUGGAGGAGGUAUCAGAGGUAGAGGGAUGGAUCAAAGAGAUGGCUCCUCCUCCUGCUUCUCUCGUAUUUGAAAAGCCACGCAAGAAGACACUACAUGUCCCUGAACUUCAGCUGGACGUCAAAAGUAACAAGAAGAAGGCUGACAAUGAUGUCUUUGGCUAUAUCAUCACAGACACAGAUGGCCUGAGGACAGAUGAGGGCCUCCACCUGAUGGAGAUCUUGGCUCACAAGGCCAAAAUCCAGAUGACCGACUUUGCUGAGCUCUCGGUCGUGGGCCCUGCUGUGACCUUCAAAGUGAACCCGAACAUACAGAACAUCAGCACCGCAGAUGUGGCCAACGUGGCUGUUCAGCAGAAAGCAGCUCUGGAGAAUGAAGCCAAGCUCAGCAUCUUAGAGGCAGGAGUUGCAGAUGGAAGUCAGAUCAACCAGAUCCCAACCAAGUACAGCCAGGCUGAGUCCACCAAGUUCCUCAUCCUGACCAUUGUGUCCAUCUUGUGUAUAGUUUGUGUUCUCCUAGCCUCCACUGUAGUGUACUGCCUUCGUCAUCGCUCCCACCACAAGCUGAAAGAGAAACUCACCAACCUCGGAACAGAUACAAGCAGCGAUGCUACUGCCACCUAUCAGGAGCUCUGUCGGCAGCGCAUGGCGGUCAAACCCCCAGCAGAGCGUGCUGAGCCCAUCUCCUCCAGGAUCAACAGUGUGUCAUCGCAGUUCAGCGAUGGGGGUCAGGCGGUCAGCCCAUCAGCACGCAGCAGCAUCUCAUCAUGGAGUGAGGAACCUGCCCACUCCAACAUGGACAUCUCCACCGGUCACAUGAUUCUGUCUUACAUGGAGGAUCACCUGAAGAAUAAGGACCGACUGGAGAAAGAGUGGGAGGCUCUUUGUGCUUACCAAGCUGAACCCAAUACUUCCAUCAUUGGCCUCAAGGAUGGCAAUGCCAAGAAGAAUCGCUCUACUGGUGUUGUGGCAUAUGAUCACUCCAGAAUCACCUUGAAGGUGGAGAACAGCCAAGCCAACUCUGAUUACAUCAAUGCCAGCCCCAUUAUGGACCAUGAUCCAAGGAAUCCAGCCUACAUUGCCACUCAAGGUCCCCUGCCCUCUACUGUGGCUGAUUUCUGGCAGAUGGUUUGGGAGAAUGGCUGUGUGGUCAUUGUUAUGUUGACUCCUCUGGUCGAGAAUGGGGUGAAGCAGUGCUACCAUUACUGGCCUGAUGAGGGAUCCAACUUGUACCACAUCUAUGAGGUUAACCUGGUGUCUGAACACAUCUGGUGUGAUGACUUUCUGGUUCGUAGCUUUUACCUGAAGAAUAUGCAGACCAAUGAGACGCGGACUGUAACACAGUUUCACUUCCUGACCUGGCUCAACCAGAAUGUCCCAGAGACAAGCCGGACACUCCUUGACUUCCGCAGAAAAGUUAACAAGUGCUACCGGGGACGUUCCUGUCCGAUCAUAGUCCACUGCAGUGAUGGUGCAGGUAGAACCGGGACCUACAUCCUUAUUGACAUGGUCCUCAACAAGAUGGCUAAAGGUGCCAAGGAGAUUGAUAUUGCAGCCACUCUGGAGCACCUGAGGGACCAGAGGCCAGGGAUGGUCCAGACCAAGGAUCAGUUUGAGUUUGCACUGACAACUGUUGCAGAAGAUGUGAAUGCCGUACUGAAAGCUCUUCCACAGUAGAAAUGAAGGAUGGUCUCAUUCUGACAGAGCCCCACCCUUUUAUUCUUCUAUCCCUCCUGAGGGAAGGGUAGAUUUAUUUCCUGUCACCUGCACCGUUUCCUGUCUCCUUUUUGUGACAUUGUGUCUUGUUCAACCCAUUCUUGUUAUAUCCAUUUAUCUUGAAUUACAUUGUUCAGUUUGUCUUUGUUUUGCCUCACCUCAUCUUCUAUCCUCCUUUAGUCCACUCAAUCUCCAUGUGGUCAUUUCUGGCCAGUUUGUCUCCCUUUCUCUCUUAUCUUCUUUUCAUUUCACACCCUCAUUUGACUCUUGCUCCUUUCCACCCAUGGUCAAUGCCGUACAUAGAUAGAUCUCCCUUUUAUUGUAAUUACCCUUCUAGACUGUUUUUAAUGUCACACUUAAACACAUUUGAAAAAACUGAUGAAAAAACAAAACAAAAAAAAACUUACGAGUAAGAGUUUAAGAGUCUCUAGUUAAGUGUUGACUUCAUGGGUAUUAGUUGAGUAAAACGAGGUUUUCUUAAAAGCAUUUUAAGAAAAAUCCAAUCUAUGUUAUUAUUGUUACAUAGUAAAUACAAUUCAGUUACAAAUUAUUUUGUGUUGGAGGUAUUGAUCGUUAAACAUUUCCCAUUGUUCACUGUCUGGAGUUAUGGGUCGUUCUACAGAAAUUACCAAUUUUCCGAUUGCCAAAAUGUCUUAAUAUGCAUCUCC